UUCUCCGAUUCGGAAGCACCGCGUCCCUGUAGCGCCUCCUCCGGGCCCGGGCCGGUGGGGAUGGAAGCCCCGGCCGCUCGCCUCCUCACGGACUCGCCGUUCGCCGUAGGUGGGAGAUCGUGACGGGGUGUGGAAAUAAAAUAAAAACAUGCCGCUGAAAUGGAAAAGCGCUUCGCCUGUGAGCUGGAAAUUUCCCGUGCCUGUGCUUAAAGGCUCCCGUUCCUCUCCGUUAUCACCGGCCUACAUAUCUCUGGUUGAGGAUGACGACGCUCAUAUGAAGGUGUCUCUUGGCUGUGGUGAGAUGGGGCUCUCUGCCCACCUGCAGGCCUCCAAGACGGGCAACACCCGCUUCUUCACCAGUAACACGCACAGCUCCGUCGUACUACAGGGUUUUGACCAGUUGAGGAUAGAGGGGCUGCUGUGCGACGUCACACUGGUGGUGGGCGACGGAGACGAAGCCUUUCCUGUCCACAGAGCCAUGAUGGCGUCAUCCAGCGACUACUUCAAAGCCAUGUUCACAGGUGGGAUGAAGGAACAGGACCUGAUGUGCAUCAAGCUGCACGGAGUGAACCGCAUCGGCCUGAAGAAGAUCAUCGACUUCAUCUACACGGCCAAGCUCUCGCUCAACAUGGAGAACCUGCAGGACACGCUGGAGGCCGCCAGCUUCCUGCAAAUCCUGCCCGUGCUCGACUUUUGCAAAGUGUUCCUCAUCUCUGGGGUGUCGCUGGAGAACUGCGUGGAGGUGGGACGCAUCGCCAGCGCGUACAACCUCGCCGAGGUGGACAAAUACGUGAACAAUUUCAUCCUGAAGAACUUCCCCGCCCUGCUCGGCUCGGGCGAGUUCGUCAAGCUGCCCGUGGAGCGCCUGGCUUUCGCCCUGUCCUCCAACGGUCUGCGGCGCUGCAGCGAACUGGAGCUGUUCAAGGCGGCGUGUCGAUGGUUGCGGUUCGAGGACGGGCGCAUGGAGCACGCGGCCCGCCUCAUGCGCAACGUGCGCUUCCCGCUGAUGAGCCCGAGCGAACUGAUCAACCACGUGCAGACGGUGGACUUCAUGCGGACGGACAACGCCUGCGUCAACCUGCUCCUGGAGGCCAGCAACUACCAGAUGAUGCCCUACAUGCAGCCGGUGAUGCAGUCGGAACGCACGGCCAUCCGCUCGGACAGCGCCCACCUGGUCACGCUGGGGGGCGUCCUGCGCCAGCAGCUGGUCGUCAGCAAGGAGCUGCGCCUCUUCGACGAGAAGGCGCACGAGUGGCGAGCGCUGGCGCCCAUGGACGCGCCCCGGUACCAGCACGGCAUCGCGGUCAUCGGGAACUUCCUGUACGUGGUCGGAGGCCAGAGCAACUACGACACCAAGGGGAAGACGGCGGUGGAUACCGCGUUUCGGUACGACCCGCGCUACAACAACUGGAGGCAGGUGGCCUGUCUCAACGAAAAGAGGACCUUCUUCCAUCUGAGCGCGCUCAAGGGUCACCUGUACGCUGUCGGAGGGAGGAACGCCGCCGGAGAGCUGGCGACGGUGGAAUGUUACAACCCCAGGACGAACGAGUGGACGUACGUUGCUAAGAUGAACGAGCCGCACUAUGGUCACGCGGGGACCGUAUACGGAGGUUACAUGUACAUCUCAGGGGGCAUCACGCACGACACCUUCCAAAAGGAGCUGAUGUGCUUCGACCCGGAGGCGGACCGCUGGACGCAGAAGGCCUCCAUGACGACGGUGCGCGGGCUGCACUGCAUGUGCACGGUGGGCGACCGGCUGUACGUGAUCGGCGGCAACCACUUCCGCGGCACCAGCGACUACGACGACGUGCUGAGCUGCGAGUACUACAGCCCCGCGCUGGACGUGUGGACGAGCAUCGCGGCCAUGCUGCGCGGCCAGAGCGACGUGGGCGUGGCCGUGUUCGACAACAAGAUCUACGUGGUGGGCGGGUACUCGUGGAACAACCGCUGCAUGGUGGAGAUCGUGCAGAAGUACGACCCCGAGAAGGACGAGUGGCACAAGGUGUUCGACCUGCCCGAGUCGCUGGGUGGGAUACGGGCGUGCACGUUGACUGUCUACCCGCCGGACGAGCUCGCCAUGGCGGGCUCGCCCAACCGCGAGUCGCCCCUGUCCGCCCCUUGAAAACGGAGGGAGGGAGAGAGACACGGACACGUGGACGGACUCGGACAGGAUUUCUGACGUUUGCAUCUCUCCCUCCGUUGGUUCUUUCUCUUUUUUGCGCUCUCUCUCUCUCUCUCUCUCUCUCUCUCUCUCUCUCUCUCCAGGAAAAGACAGUGUUUGCACUUCCCCCUUCGUCAGAGGUGUCUGUGAUCAAAUCCCCGCCCCUUUUUACUGCAAUCUAUGCUGAAGAACUCCUUUCCUUUCCUAGCUUGGAGAUGGGAAGGUAAACGUGACGCCUCCUCGCUCGGGCAGCCUAAUAACGCGGGUUCCCUUUUUUAUUAUUAUUAUUAUUAUUAUUAUGAUCAUCGUUGUUAUGA